GACGAAAGCAGUUUCAUUCAACAUCGAAAAAAACGACGACGUUUUAACUCCUUCAUAGAACAUGAAGCAGGUGUAAGUGGUUCAGAACAAAGUGAAGAUGAAGCUGAUCAUACCAUUGGUUGUUAUAUACACGAUUCUGUGGUAGUAGCCAGUGAUGAUGAGGAUCCUGAUCAAGCUUCCACCUCUCACAUGCAGGCCAUGUAUUUGCAGUCGCUAAAGAGUCCCCAACAAAGAAGAGGAGCCUUUAAAAUUCCUGCACCACGAGUCUAUAAUGAUCGUUCACGUAUAUUUUCACAGGCCGUAUUACCAGAUGAUACCUAUUCCCAGUAUUUACCAGAUUCCUUUGUUGUCGAGGAAGAGGAUAGUUUUAUAAACGAUAAUGCCGAUGUCACCGAAGUUUCUAUGUGUCCUUUGGAAAAGGCUGAAAAGAUACUUAAAGAGAGGAGGAGAGCCAAAAAAUUGGGUCUUCUGGAAGAGGAUUGUGUUCAAAAAAAGAAAACUAAAAACAAAAAGAAAAUUCAAAUUAUCGAUGAUAGUUCAGAUGAUGAUUUUGAAUAAUCGGUUGUAGCUAUAGUACCACACCUAAUAUUUGUUUAUUUUGCAUUUAAUUGUUUUAUAGUUUUAAUUAAAACACAUAAACUGUG